UAACACGCGUGCACCAGUCGACAUAACCUCCCUCUCCAUGCAACAGCUCUCGCAAAUAAAAAAGCAGUUCGAAGACGAGCUGACCCAUCUCUCAAAUUCAUUCACACAGUUACGAGCAGCGCAGGUCAAGUUCAGGGAAUGUCUACGGUCGAUCGAGUUGGGUGUCUCGGGGAAGGUGAAAGGCAAGCCGAUAUUGGUCCCUCUUACGGCAUCACUGUAUGUACCGGGAACGUUGGCGGAUACAGAGAAUGUGAUUGUGGAUGUUGGGACUGGGUUUUAUGUUGAGAAGAGUACGAAAGACGCGACGGGAUUCUACGAAAGUAAGGUGGAGGAUCUGGCAGUGAAUCUAAAGGCUUUGGAGAAAAUAUUACAAGAAAAGAAUGAUGGUUUACGGAUGAUUGAAGAUGUGUUACGGCAGAAAGUUAUCAGCUCUGGUACUACUUCUUCUGCAUCGUGA